AUGGUUGAAGUGUCAUUAACAGUGGGUAAGCUUGAUGCCUCGCUUGCGUUGCUUCUCACCAAGGACCACCAUCUUAUAGAAUUCCCCACCAUAUUAUUGCCUAACGGCGUCAAGGCUGGAUCGAUCAUUAGCAUCAAGUGUGACCAGGACUUCGAAACCGAAGAGAAAGAAGCCAAGCAAUUCCAGCAGAUACAAGAUGAGAUUUUGAACACAUUUGGGCAGAAUUUACCGCAAGCUCCGGUGCUUAAAAUCAAGAAUGUUACCCAGACGCUGUGUGUCUUGGAGUGGGAACCGUUGGAGUUGGGUACAGCCAACUUGAAGAACUUGAUUUUGUUCAAGGAUGGGAAGAAAUUGGGUGCAAUCCCACAGCCUCUCACGAGCAGAACCACCAAAUUGUCAGGUUUACCAAUUGACAAGACAUUCAAGUUCCAGUUGAGGUUUGAUACCACUGCUGGUGUGUACACAUCGGAUGAAAUUGAAGUUACCACUCAUAAGAUGACAGACUUAUCCGGGAUUACCGUUUGUCUUGGAGAUAUCCAGCCCAACGACCAAUUCACCGUAGACGAUAUCCAGGAAUCGUUAAAGAACAUGGGUGCACACUAUCCUACGCAGGAUAAGAUCAAGGUGGACUCAACGCACUUUAUCUGUACGAGGGAGAACAAACAGAACCCCGAGUUCUUGAAGGCCAGCGAAAUGAAUAUUCCUAUUGUGAGACCUGAAUGGUUGAAGGCGUGUGAAAAGGAGAGAAGAAUCGUAGGAGUUAGAGACUUUUAUGUGAAAGACUGUGUUUUGCCAGACUUGUUCGCUAAGAACUACUGGGGCGCAAAGAAGAGGUCAAUCCCUACUAUAGUCGAGCCUCAGCCGGAGCAUGCGAGCGGAGCAGCUGAAGUGAAGGAAGAAGCUAAGGCUGAACCAGUUGCAGAAGCGGUUUCUGAGCCAGUUUCUGAACCAGUUGCUCAGCCAGUUGCCGAGUCAAUCUCUGUAGCAAUUGAACCUGCAGCAGAACCUGCAGUUGAAGAGAAAGAAGGAGAAAAAGAGAUACAAGAAGAAAAAGUACCAGUGACUGAAUCCCUGAAAGAAGACGACUUCAAAGAAGUAGAUCUUGCAGAUACUCCAACUGAAGAUACCAGCGAACCAGCAGCAAAACAAGAAGAAUUGUUAGAAGAGAUUGUAUCGAAGGAAGUUACCACAGAAGAGGAAAUCAAGGAUGGAGUAAUUGCCAAUCUAGAGGAGGAAUCCAAAAAGGAAGUGGAGGAGGAGAAGACUGCGGUUGAUGUGCCGGUAAAUGGCUCGGAAGUACCUGUGCCUCAGUUUGAACAAGCAUUACCUGAGUUGCCAAAGUCUGAGCAAGAGUUGCCGGAAUUGCCCACAACUGAGAAGGAGGAACCAGUAGCUACCGAACAAGAGUUACCCGUUGUGCCUGAAGUUGUCAAGGAGGAAGUAGCACCAGAGUCAGAAAAGGUGGACGAAGAAGGAAAGGAAGACGAAGACGAAGAGCAAGAUGAGGGAGAAGAGGCAGAGGGAACAGAAGGAGCCAAGGCUGAUCCUUCCACCAGUUCGAAGAAGAACAAAAAGAAGAAGAAGAAGGGCAAGAAGUAA